GGAGGUAUUCGUGAUGGAGGCUCCUGUGUCUUCUGAUCCAGUCGUGGAAUGUGAGAGGAAGAAGAGGAAGAGGAAGAAAAGGAAGAAUCAGAAGCAUAAACCACGCAAGAGGAAUCCGAAUCGUUUGCGAAGGGGUGGUCGACGUGGGGGUGUAGUACGUCGCCAAAAAAGAGAAUUGAGAUUACUGAAGGAACUGUCCUCUAUUCAAGCUGGUACAAUGGCCUCGUCAUCGGCGUCUCAUCCCGAUAGUUCCCCAGUUAUUGAUUUAACCUUGUCUGACGAGGACAUUAUUGAGUUACCACCCAGAUCUGCUUCGAUCGAAGUCCUUGACACGAAUGAUUGUGCAAUGGUUUGGUUCCUGGAGGAAAUUCUUGUAGUGGUUUUGGACGCUUACUAGCGCCAUUGUCGUUUUGGUGAAAGGGGAAUUUUCCGUGUAGUGCGUUCAUGAUGUAUACAAAGGUUUUAUGAACUGUGCCCGGACACUUCGCUUCUUGACUUUGAUUUUAUUUAAUAAUAGUAUCCCAUU